CCGUUGGUAGUGGUUUCUCUCACAUGUCAAACGUCAAGUGGUUGUGUGAUUUGUUAUCUUUGUUGAAUUGUCUUAAUUUUCCGGCUUUAAUGAAUUAAAAUCAUGUCAAUAAAUUUAGACAAAUACCGGGAUGAGCUUGUAUCAGCUUGGAAAGAUGUGCUUGAUGCGAAAACACCAACAGAUUGGGCCCUAUUCGCCUACGAGGGUCAAACCAACGUUUUGAAAUUUGUGAGUAAGGGUUCCAACGGAAUCGAGGAACUAACGGAAGACUUAAACAGCGGAAAAAUAAUGUACGCCUUUGUGAAAGUGAACGACCCGAAAACCUCUUUAAUUAAGUUCGUUCUAAUCAAUUGGCAAGGAGAAGGCGCCAAUACGGUGCGUAAAGGCAUAUCCGCCAACCACUUACGCGACAUUGAGAAAUUUUUCACCGGCGCUCACCUAACAAUCAACGCUCGUAACGAGGAGGAAGUCGAGCCUCAGCUCAUCAUAGAUAAGGUCGCAAAAUCGGGCUCGGCAUACAGUUUCAAAGCCCCCAGAGCCGAGAUUAUCGAGCCCACAGGUCCCGUUGGGACCACUUAUCAACGCGUCAAUCCCAUAAAAGAAAUCAAUGCUCGUGAACGGGACCAGUUUUGGCGCAAAGAGGAGGAAGAAGAGAAGAAACGGGUCGAAGAGGAGCGGAAACGCAGAGAAAUGGAGCGAAUGAAGAACGAGGAAGAGCUAAGGCGGCGGGAAUUGGAAGAGGCGGCCAAACGGGAUGCGGAAAUGUCCCUCAGGAAUAACAACAUUGAUCAAAUCAAACAAGCGGAAAAGGAGGCCGCCGUGGAGUCGGUUUCCGGUUCGAACUACGACGAUGAUUUUCCAACUAGAGUUAAUCAAAGCGAUGUUUUGAGAAAACAGCGAAAUCAAGAGGCGCACGAUUUAAUAGCACAAAGAACGAUUGACGCCCGGUCGGUGUUUGAACAGCACACGGUGGCCGGGCAGAAAAAAGUGCCCGAAAAACCGGUCAGAAAUUCCAUUUUGAAAGCACAAAAUCAAUUGAGUGUGGAAAAUAAGUUGGAGGAGAGUGACGACGAAAGUGAUCAGUUUUCCACAAUUAAAAGGUCACCAAAAGAUGUGGAAAAGAAGAGUGUGACUAGUCCCACAACGCCACAGGAAGUCUUUGAAGUGAGAAAGGAAGAGCCCCAAGAGGAGCGGGUGGAGCAAAUUACAGAUCAGCAAUUUGUUGAUGAGUAUCUAUAUGAGUUUAGCACACCUGGACUGCAGGCUAGAGCGUUGUACGAUUAUCAGGCUGUGGACGAUACCGAGAUCAGUUUUGAUCCAGGCGACAUAAUAACGAAUAUUGAUCAAGUUGACAAGGGAUGGUGGCAAGGACUGGCUCCCAAUGGUACUUAUGGCCUUUUCCCCGCUAAUUAUGUUGAGUUGAUCCAAUAAUUUUCAUUUGUAUUUCUACCGUCGCUUCGCUUAUUCCAUUGCUCAUAACGCAUUUAUUUAGUAUUUUUCAAGCGCAAUAUUUUGUCGAUAAUAGGUUAAGUUUACUAAAAAAUACCAAAAUUUUAUUUUUAGGAACGUAUCGACACACCGUUUGUAAUUAUUCUUGUGCAAUAAAACGAAUUGUGAAGUAUUAAUGUUUUAAUAAAUUACGAACGGUGUGUUUUUUAUUUUUAAAGCUUGUCGCCUUUUUAUUUUGAUUUGCCACACUGCCAGCUAGGGUAUGCUCUUCUGUGCCAACUUCACCAAAUUAAAACCCCAAUUUGUUUGUUAAAAUUGCGUUUCAAUGAUUGUUAUUAUAAAUUUUAAUUAAAAACUCUAUGGAACAGUUAACUGUUGAUAAAUAAUUUUAUAAUAUUGUACGACUUACUUGCAUCAUAGCACAAAUAAACAUUUACCAAGACUUAUGAUCUUUUGCACUUCAUAAAUCUUUACUUUGUGAUAUGGUAUAUAGCGAUUGUAAUCUUGUAUGUAUUUAUGGAUAAUAAAGCUACGUAAUUUUUUACAA